AUGGAAGAACUAACGGAGCUACCUGUCAUACUGGAAUUAGCCAGCGAUUUUUUGGAUCGUGAAACACCGAUAUUUCGCGACGAUGUUUGCUUCUUUAUAUCUCAGAGUGGUGAGACUGCGGAUACUCUUAAUGCACUGAGAUACUGUAAGCCGCGUGGUGCACUGACAAUCGGCAUUACAAAUACAGUGGGAAGUAGCAUAUGCCGUGAGACACACUGCGGUGUACACAUCAAUGCUGGUCCAGAAAUUGGUGUUGCUUCAACGAAGGCUUACACGUCGCAAAUACUAUCACUAGUAAUGUUCGCACUGACAAUGAGUGAUGAUCGAAUUUCAAUGAGAAAUCGCCGUCAGGAUAUUAUUAACGGGUUGCGACAGCUUCCAGAUCUGAUCCGAGAAGUACUGAAGUUAGAUGGCGAGGUACUUGAAAUCGCGAAGAAAAUCUAUAAGGAGCGUUCACUCCUGAUUAUGGGCCGUGGUUAUAACUUCGCAACCUGUUUGGAAGGCGCACUGAAAAUUAAAGAACUGUCGUAUAUGCACUGCGAAGGCAUAAUGAGUGGUGAACUGAAGCACGGCCCACUUGCGAUGGUGGACAAAGAUCGCAGCAUUGUUAUGGUCAUCUGCAGCGAUAAUGUCUACAAGAAAUCCAUAAAUGCUCUGCAACAAGUGCUGGCUCGUGAAGGCGAUCCAAUAAUCAUUGCGGAUGUUGAAGUACCAGCAUGCGACCUACACGGCAGGAACUCGGUGCUUCGUGUUCCAAAAACUGUGGACUGUAUUCAGAAUAUCCUCACUGUCAUCCCUCUGCAACUGCUCAGUUAUCAUGUUGCUGAAUUGAAUGGACUCAAUGUUAGUUUUCUGCAUCUAAUUUGA